CGUAUCUGCCUGGUGUAGACCUGCUUCUAAUAGUGCAGCAAAGGGCCACGGAGAAACUGUCAGUAACUCUUUGGCCUUUUGUGCCGCAAUAGUGCUCGUUCAAAGCCCGUAUUACGUACCUGUUGUCUCUUGCGUCACGCUGCAGGCCCCUCCGAGUCCGACUCUCCCGUCUGCUCCGAGUUUGCCUUGAAUCUUGGCCCCGGCCGCGGAAGGCCCACUUCCGGCACUCUCCUUACCUCCCGGAAGCAAAUUUUUGCGGCUCAUCAUGGAUACCGACGACGGCGUGCAAGCGGAUCUCCCGGGCUCCGCCGCCAACGCCUCGGAGCCGUUGGCGUGUGUGACUUGCCGGUCCCGAAAGCUUAAGUGUGAUCGAGUGAAGCCGGCAUGUAGCCGUUGCCUGAAAGUUAAGGGAGAAUGCGUGUAUCCGGAAUCUAGAAGGAAGCCUGCCUUCAAGCGGAAGAAUGUCAAGGAGCUCGAGGAGAGACUAGCGCAAGUGGAGGACCUUCUCAAAGAAGCUGCCAGCAAGGGGAAUGGGGCACUGCCCUCUGAGGGUGACCUGGAUAGCCGGAUCAACAUUGGCAUGGACGACUUCCAUGUUGACAUUGAGACCAUCAUGGCCAUGCAAAAUGGUACCUUUGACGACGGAACCUCGGGCUUUCACACAGGACCCAAUAUGAACAAGACGGUCCCGCCCUCACAACCUGGAGCACCCAGCUUCGCCGACGCCUCGGGGGAACUCAUGGGACUAGGGCUCUCGGAAGCUUUACCCCCUUUUGAAAUGAUGGAGGAGCUGAACAAGAGCUUCUUUGAGAGGCAACAGCAUUUCAUCCCAAUCAUCCACCCUGGUCGAUAUCUCCAGGCGUUCUACUCGGCGCCUCAUAAACGCCCGCCCAUGUGUCUGCAGUAUGCAGUCUGGUCCAUGGCCUCUAAUGGGCACGAGAAGUAUAGCCAGUACCACGACAUUUUCUACAAACGGGCUCGACAAUACGCGGAUGCGGAUGAGAUGAAGGGAUUCGGCGAGCACUUUCUCACCAUACAACACGCGCAAGCGUGGGCUCUCAUCGCGACGGACGAAGCGAGGUCCCUCUUCUUCACGAGGGCGGCCAUGAGCUCGGCAAAGUGCGUACGACUCGUGGAAAUGAUGGGUCUUCACCGCAUCGACGGCGACGGGCAGGAAAUGGCGCCGACGCUUGCGCCGCCCACGUCGUGGGUUGACCUUGAGGAGCGGAGGAGGGCGUUCUGGGGCGCGUAUUGCAUCGACUGCCACGCGAGUAUUGCAACAGGCUGGCCUACUCUCAUUAACCCCAACGAAAUCACGACACAUCUCCCUUCAUCCGAAGAGGCCUUCAACUCGGCUCGCGAAGAAGAAACCUCAACCCUGCCAGAAGCGUUCCAAGGGGCGUCGUACUCGACCUUUGCGGGCGCCGUCAUCAUGUGCUACAUCUUCAACAUGCUCCUGAAGCACGUCCACUGGGAGCGGCCAAACGACAGGCCCGCGGACGUCGAGUACGGCGAGUUCUGGAAGCGGCACAGGGACAUUGACAACAUGCUCUCGAGCGCCUUCAUGUUCUUGCCGGAGCGCUUCCGCCUGCCCCAGAGCAUGCGCGACCCGACGUCCGUCCACACGAACCUCAACCUCCACGCCUCGGUCAUCUGCCUCCACCACGCCGCGAUUGACAGGAUCGAGCGGAACAAGCUUCCCGAACAGCUCAAGGCCGCCUCGGAGCUGCGGCUGCGGACGGCGGCGGAGGAGGUGGUGAGCAUCAUCAAGUUGACGAGCCACAUGAACUCGGGCUAUAAAAGUCCCAUGGUCGCCUUGUCCCUCUACUCGGCGGCGUCGGUGUACGUCUACACGGCGAAAUGCAACUUGGACACUGGCUUCUCGACGGCAGACCUGCAGAACCUGAAAUUCAUCAUCAACGCCAUGGAGGCGAUUGGGAGGCGGCACAUCAUCACGCAGGCCUUUCUCCAGCAAAUCUUUAUGGAUAUCGAGCGCAACGGGCUGUCGGGCGUCAUCGACCUACCCAACCUGGCAAACUACAAGAACCUGUUUGGCUGGACGUCGUCCAACAUCCCGCUGCUCGCGCGGACGUCCAUCUCGAAACACACCGAGAUCCAGCCGCCCUUGCCCGGCAGGCUGCCGCUCGGUGAUCCCAAGGGUACCGCCUACGAGCACUACCCGAUCAAGAUGUCGCACGACGGCGGCUGCAAUACCCCCAUCUCCAUGGGCGGGACCAACCCGAUGCUCGGGCCGGUGCUCGGGAAAUUCGACCAGGCUAUUGGGAUGAAACCGCCGUCGUCAUCGGCGUCUAUGGAUACGCGGGACAUGGGACCGAAUAAAAGGAAGCGGACGUCGGAGGCGACGACGUCGACAACGAGCCCGGACGUACCAAACAUGGCGGCGCAAGCCGGCCCCUUUGCGUACCAGCCGGUGCCGGUGGCAACCGGUAUCGACAGCGUGGGCGGGUUCGGGUCGGGGCUCCUGCGAGGGAGUGGCAUGGUUGGGCCAGCAGCAUCGUCAGCAGCAGCCACUUCGCAAAUAAACCUUCCGCACCGGAGCCCCGCGACGGGACAGCCUUCGCCAACGUCGGUGUUCAACAAGAGCACGCCGUCACAGUCGACGGGCGGGAGUAGCAAUAACAAUACACCGCCCGGGCUCGGGAACGGCAGCACCUCUUCGCCAGAUGAUGGUAGCACCACGCAGAGUAACGGUGGAAGCGGUGGCGGGAACGUCAAUGAGAUUAUCGACAUUACGAGCAUCCAGAACGCGAUGCUGGGCGGCGGCGUUGCGGGGUCCUCUUCGACGUCAACGUCAACGACGACGUGGGACUCGAGGGGUUUGCAGUAUGCCCCGAGCACGGAUCCGAUUUCGUUUAUGAAUAUGAACUUUGAUUCGAUUCCCCCGGGUAUGGGAAUCGAUCCGUGGACUGUGUUGGCGAAUAUGGAUGAUUUGACGUGGACUAGGGAUGGAGAGGUGUCAACGGCAGCAGCGACGGAAGGGAAUGGGAAUGGAACUACCGGGUAGGAACAAAUGGAGGUGGAAAGGGCGCUGGGUCUUGGGACGGGAGGAACGGGUACGAUACCGGAAAUCUAGGCUUUUGUUUUUGGUUUUCUCGGGGUUGCUCCUGGGUGUAGGUAGGAGG